UGCCGGUUGAUUAGACGGUUGGAGCCUACCGCGGUUCAUGUAGCUACAUCCUGCAUGAAAAAUCACACACACAAGAUCAUUUGCCAUAACAUUAACAGAAAACGUGGACAGUUUGUUAACAUACAUUUAUAAAGGAUUUCAAAGGAUGUCCAGUCGAGGUAGUGCCGGUCCGUCCGGGCUCCGGAGGAAGCGGGACAUCGAGGAGCACCAGAAGGAGAGAAGGCGGGCUCUGCAGGCCCGACAUCGGGCCAACCUAGCCACCCUGUUCGAGACACUCAAAACCGUCGUCUGUCCCACAUCCAACAAGAUGCCUGCUAAGUGGAAGAUCUUGGACCAUGCCAAAGGAUUUCUCAGAGAGCAGGAAGCCUACCUGAGCAGACUGAUGCUACUGAAAGGGAUAUUCCUCGGCAAUGAAGACGGGCCGUGCAGCUUGGAUGAAGUCAGGGCAGAGUACCGGAGCCUGCAGGCACACAGCAGCUCCCUGCGCUCCAGAAGACCUGGUGGUCGCAGACGUCAUGGCGGGCCUGACGGAGAGGACCUGACUGAGACCAGUGAGGAAGACUCUGCAGAGGAGACUCUGGAAGACUCCACCCCCUCUCAGACCUCCAUCAACUCUCUAACCAACAUCCUGGAGUUUGAAGGGUACUUGUUGUUCUACAAACAGACACUAGAGAAGUUGGUUUGUAGCGGUGUGCUGAGCCCGGGACAGACUGGUCUGGCUGUAGUAUCUGAAGCUAUCUCAGGCCUGUGGGAUAGCUUCUCUCCAGAGCGCCGGGCAGCCUACCAGACCUGUCCCCCCCAGCAGAGCACCCUGGGCUGGGAAGGGCCGGCAGAGAGACCCCCUAAUCCUGGUCCAGACACCCACGUCCACCUCACGCUCCAGCCCUCCACUCAGGCAAACAGCCAGGGAGCCUCUUCUCCUACUACCUAUGAAGAG